CUAUAGCAACUACUUCUAUAAUUAUUACUUCUAGACUCUAGUUAGUUAUCAAGUUAACCUCCAACGCGGGCAUUCGCGGAGAUCCACAGGGCUCAACCGACGCCAACCGAGCCUCUCCGCAUUCCCCAGACGAUCAUCUCGACGGUAGUUAAUGUUGUUCUCGCACCUGGAGUCCACGAACUCCCUCUUCAUUUCGUUUCGUUCUCUGGUCUUGAUCCGUCGCUGAUGAUCCCUUGACCGGUCUGAUGGCGUCUUCACUGUUUCGAAGGAGCGGUUUAUCCAUAUCCACCUCCGGCCGGAAGGUCUUUACUACUACUCCCUUGAUAGCCCCGCGGACUGCAGUACGAUGGAGCAAUUCUAUCUCUCAGAGACCUGGGUCGGACCAUGUUCGAUUCCCUGGCGCAGUCGACAGUAAAUUCACCACGGAAAUGUCCUUCUCACGACCAUCGAAUAUGCCCGCUAUGCCUACGUAUCGAGUGAUGGACUCGGACGGAACCAUCGUGGAUCAAAACCACGCUCCAACAGACGUCUCAGAUGAGGAGGUCAUAUCUUGGUAUAAGAACAUGUUGACGGUUAAUAUAAUGGACCUGAUCAUGUUCGAAGCCCAGAGACAAGGCCGAUUGAGCUUUUAUAUGGUCUCUGCAGGCGAGGAAGGAAUCGCCGUGGGUUCCGCAACGGCGCUCUCUCCAGACGACGUGGUGUUCGCACAGUAUCGAGAAGCCGGCGUUCUCCAGCAACGUGGAUUCACUUUGCAAGAAUUCAUGAGCCAGCUGUUUUCCAACAAGAACGAUGCCGGCAAAGGGCGUAAUAUGCCGGUACAUUAUGGACGCUCAUAUCCGAAACAGUACACAAUAUCCUCACCACUGUCAACUCAAAUCCCCCAAGCCGCAGGUGCCGCAUACGCCCUGAAGCUCCAACAUCUCCAGAAUCCAAACACUCCACCGCGCAUCGUCGCUUGUUAUUUCGGUGAAGGCGCAGCGAGCGAGGGCGACUUCCACGCCGCACUGAACAUCGCUGCUACAAGAUCCUGUCCUGUAGUCUUCAUCUGCCGCAACAACGGUUACGCCAUCUCCACCCCGACACUAGAGCAGUACCGCGGCGACGGCAUCGCUAGCCGUGGAAUCGGCUACGGAAUCGACACCAUCCGCGUCGAUGGCAACGACAUCUUCGCUGUACGCGAAGUAACCAAAGAAGCACGCCGCAUGGCCCUCUCCGAUGGCGGCCGACCCAUCCUCAUCGAAGCAAUGAGCUACCGCGUUUCCCACCACAGCACCAGCGACGAUAGCUUUGCAUACCGUGCGCGCGUCGAAGUCGAGGACUGGAAACGGCGCGAUAACCCGAUCAUUCGGCUACGGAAGUGGCUUGAAAACAAAGGCCUCUGGAACGAGGACCUGGAACGCGACACGCGGGAUGAGAUCCGUCGAACGGUACUCAAGGAAUUCAGCGCUGCUGAGAGGGAGAAGAAGCCUCCCCUUAGAGAGGCCUUUACGGACGUUUAUGAGGAAUUGACAGAAGAGGCGCAAGAACAGAUGAAGGAGCUGAAGCGUAUCUUGGAGACGUAUCCAGAGGAGUAUGACCUAAGGGAAUUCCAAGAUGGGAUUAAGGGACUUUAAAUAUUGUCCAAGAAGGGAGCGUCUCCUUCGGUACCCUUUCGUCAUGCACAUAUAUAUAUAUAUAUACAUACAUCGUUUACAACCUACUUAUGCGAGAUACAAUGCCUUGCAAAGAACAAUAUCUAUUUGCAUCUUGGAGAGGAAUAACGGCCAUUAAGUGAUGGGUAUUUCUUUUUUGUAAGGCAUUAUCCUUGCUCAAUCAUGUAACGAAAUGCAAUGCAAUGCAAGUAAAGUAAUACU